AAGCUCUGCCAGCGGACGGCAUCGGCGAUCUUGAAAUGGGCAUGGAAUCUCAACUUGGAAUCGUGGCAGAUAUGUCCUCUUGACUCGGCCACGUCGCAUCCAGAACAGCCAUUACCUGAGCCUGACAAGCACACCCCCUGAUCACCUCUUCACAACAAUCUUACUAUCACUCCAAACCAAAUUCAAAAUGGCGACAGAUGACAUUACGAUCCCACAACACGUGGCCAUCGCAGAGGCACCCCGCGAUGUCGAAGCCAUUAAGAAGCAAGAGAAGGCUGCUCUGCUCUCACACUGGGAUUCUGAUGUUGCGUUCAAGCUCGGUUGCAACCUCCGCACACGCCUGCUUACCUUUGAGCGACCAGCUGUUGUAGAUAUCUCUACCAUCAGCACACCAGGCCAUGUGCUUUUCCACGCCACAACACACUCUGGCACCGCCCUAGAUAACGACUUCUGGGUCAGCCGAAAACGCGCAGCUGUGAUCCGCUUCAACGCGAGUACAUGGCGUCUGCAGAACCAAUUUGAGGGCGACGAGGAGAAGUUCAAGGCCAAGAUGGGACUCGGUGAGACGGCGAAAGACUAUGCAAUUCACGGUGGUGGUGUGCCCAUCUUCAUCAAGAACUGCGAUGGGCCCGUCGCGGUAGUUGUUGUAAGUGGCUUGAAGCAGUGGGAUGACCACCAAGUCGUGAUUGAGGAGCUGGGUAAGCUUUGCAAAGAGAUGGAAAAGGGAAAUGGCAGUACACCAGUCUAGAAGGUUGACGCUAUAUAAGUACCUUCAAUCAUGACUGACUUCUUCACCUGAUACACUUCCUUCAAAUCUUCAAACUUUGAAAAAGAAUGGCGGAACAGCUAUGGGAACGAAAACGAAACUAAUCCUGGCCAUGCGUCUGCAGUCUUCAGAGGAGCAUUCCUCAAUCCACUACCCCCAAGAAGCAGG